AACGUGAGGCUGUCUAUCCCCAGACAACAAACCGGCAGACCGGGCUAGAGCACUCACAGAGCUGAACGACACUGAACCCAAUAACUCUGGAGCACUGUCUGUGAUGGAGUCUUCUGGAUACGAUCAGUUUGGCUCUUCGUCCGAUUUUCACAGAACUUAUCCGAGCAAAGAUUUUAGAAAAUUCCUUCAAGUAGAUGGAAGACAGAACAGAACAGUAUACAUCCUGUUCGGAUUUCUACUCCUCUUCCUGAUCAUACUGACAAUGGCUGUUGGAAUUAAAUUCUCUCAGAUGAAGCAGGAGAUUGCGGAUAUACGGCUUGCUCAAAAGCCAAGCGUUGAAAAACCGCCUACCUACUCAGGGUAUACAGCUGUCCAGCACCACACGGGCCCAGUGAGAGGUGACUGUGAAGAAGACUGGUACUAUUUCAAAGGUAGCUGUUACUUUCUCUCCACCCUUAAGAUGAACUGGCACGCCGCGGAGAGGUCAUGCAUGGAGAAAAAGGCCCACCUGCUGGUGGUUAAUAAUCUGGAAGAGAUGGAGUACAUUUCCAGAACCGUGUCGGACCGUCAGUUCUACUGGAUCGGACUUGUGGAGAGAGAGAAGGAGGGAGAGUGGUCUUGGGUGGACGGGACGGACAUAAAUACCACCCCAAAAUUCUGGGACAGGGGGCAACCCGACGACUGGGCCAUUCGGGUGAACGGAGAGGACUGUGCCCAGCUCCAUCCGGAACAAGGAUCAACCCUCAGGAAGUGGAACGAUGCCGACUGCACGUUGAGUUACUUUUACAUAUGCGAGGUUAAAGUUCCACAGUAAACUUACGCCAGCGUUAAGUGUAAAUACACCAGCGUUAAGUGUUCAAUGAACUCUAAGAGAGAGAGAGAGAGAGAGAGAGAGAAAGAGAGAGAGAGAGAGCUGAUAUGGUCGAACUCUCAGCAAUUAAGAUGUUUUUCACUCUCUCAGAGACAACUCUGGUAAAUUUACUCUGAUCUACUGUACGGGAGGUGGUGAUGCCCGGCGCAAGCUUUCGCUUUUUGACUGAAAAAAAAAAAAAGAAAAAAAAAGAAUAAGAGCCUCUUUAGGCAACAGAUUUAAUUUCAUUUACAGUAUACAGGCAGGCAGAUACUGCUCUGAUCCAAAUUCAUAACCUGCACAGUUACCAGAUUUCUCUCAGUAAAGGACGUAAUGAGAGGGAAAAUACGUUGAGAAGGAAUUUUGGGAUACGAAUGUGGGGGCCAUGUACAUUUGGAAAUCAGUACAUUUAGGAGUUCUUAAAUUAUUUUCAGUAUGCCUUUUUUUUUGCUGUGCUGUACCUAUUUUGCUUGAUGAGCAGUAAAAUACAUCACUGAAAAAAA